AUGAGUGAAGCCCAAGACCCUGCCCAUGUGGUUGCCACCCAGGUGAAGCUGUGGGGCUGGAGCCAUCCAGACGGGGGCAGCAGGGCUGUCUGCUUCCGCCAGCACCAGGAGCUCCAGGCCUUUCUCAGCCUCCUGGAGCACAGUCUCCUUCAGGAAUUCCUCUCCAGAGACCCCUGUUUCCAGAUUUCAGAUAAAUAUCUCCUGGCCAUGGUGCUGGUCUACUUCCGGCGUGCCAACCUGAAGCUCAGCGAGUACACCUGCAGCAACCUGUUCUUGGCACUGUUCCUUGCAAAUGACAUGGAGGAGGACCUGGAGGAUGCCAAAUGUGUGAUUUUUCUAUGGGCCCUGGGCAAAAACUGGCAUAGUCAGGUGGCAGACUUCCUGCGUCGGAGGGACCAGCUGUGGGCGAGGAUGGGCUUCCGGGCUGUUGUGAGCCGCCAGUGCUGCGAGGAGGUCAUGGCCGAGGAGCCGUACCACUGGGCCUGGACUCGGGAGCGGCGCCCCCACCACGGCGGGGCUCAGAGGAGCUGCCCAAAGGCCCGGGGUCCCCUCCCCCCGGGCCCCGGCCUCUCACCGCCCUACUGUUCCCUCUGCGGUGUGCCCUCGCUCUACAGCCACUGUUGCCACCAGUCCCGCCUCUUGCCGGUCUUACCCAAGUGUCCUUCCCCCAACCCUGAGUGGUACUGCCUGCCUUCCCACGCUUGUCUCUCAGUGGCUGAAGACCCCUGGGGUGUGGGCUUCCUCAUGGUCCUGCCCCCCCAGCUGCAUCUGGAGCCAGGCACCUACACCCUCCACAUCCUCCCGGAGCCUCCCUCGAUGCCCUAG